GACUUAGUUGUUUAUCACGUGACAUCCUAAAACUGCAAGUCCCUCUCCGAUUGAAACCUCUUCAGAGAAGCUCGGAAAAACGAAGUUAGUGAGUUUUAUGUGUGCAUAUAACGUUUUCCAUAUGUGCUUGUAAUGGAUGCCUUUGCACGUAGCUCAAACUUAGAAAUUUCGGUAAAAAAAUACGCUUACUUUCCGGACAGGGAUGGUAUCAGGACACGGAGUGAAGGGAGGUCGCGGGCGGUGCUACACGCUGUGGCGGGACUUCAUGGCGUGUCUGGAGACGGAGGGAUCGAUAUCGAUGAAGAUCUGCAGACACCAGAGGGACGACUAUAUGGAGUGCCUCCACCAUGUCAAACUGGCAAAGAGACUUGAAGCCAUCAGAGCACAGAAAGCGAAACUGAUAGCAGAAGGAAAAUGGCCGCCCAAGUGAACAAACAUCACCAUAGCAACCACAUCUACACCUCUAGUCGUUCACAUUGUUUGUCGGUCAUAAUUUCGGG